AUGGUGUUCGGGCGGUCUGACGGCCGGCGCGAGCCGAGCCUCGACCAGCAUGGUCACAACUACGACGCCAACAUCCUCAGCCCCUACCGUCCCGGCCCAUCCGAUCAGAGCUACCUCACCGAUCCCACGCACCCCGACUACGACCCGAUGGUGGACCCCAACCUCCAGCUGCGGACCGUCCGAACGGCCGCCGCCUCGAUCGCAGAGUCGCACCGCUCCGAGCAGCGGCGGGACGAUCGGAGGCGGGCCAAGAAGAUGGGCAAGUCAAACAGCCUCUCUGGCAAGCUCUUCCGUGGGCGCACCCUCCGCAAGGAGAAAAAGGAGCCCUCGACGUUGGCCAACAUGGUCGCCGACGAGGUCGGCAAGCACAAGGGCUCCGGUGCGCUCGGCACCGGCGGCUACGGCGUCGGCGUGCCCUUUGACUCGGCGCAGCAGGACAAGACGCCCUACGCCGCCACGGCCGACGCGGAACGACGGGCGUGGGAGGAGGCCGAGCUCGAGGACGAGGAGCGGCGCUCCGACGGCGAGCUGUCGGCGCCGCAGCCGACGGGGCCGACGAUGAAGCGGGUCAAGCCAAAGAAGCGCCGCAACGUCUACGUCAACGUCCAGCCGCUCUCGUCGGAGCUCAAGAAGAACGGCGACCCGGCGGUCAAGUACCCGCGCAACAAGGUCCGCACGUCAAAGUACACCGUCAUCACCUUCCUGCCGCGCUUCCUCUUCGAGCAGUUCCGCCGGGUGGCCAACAUCUACUUCCUCGGCCUCGUCAUCCUCCAAGUCUUUCCCACGUUUGGCGCCACGAUCCCGCAGAUUGCCAUGCUGCCGCUCGUCGCCAUCCUCACCAUCACCGCCAUCAAGGAUUCGAUCGAAGACUACCGCAGGCACGUGCUCGACAACACGGUCAACAACUCGGCCGUCACGCGCCUCGGCAACUGGCGCAACCUCAACCAGGCCAAGGACUCGCGCGGCUUCUUCCAGCGCCUCUUUGGCCUCUCGGGCCGCGGCAACGCCAAAGUGUCCAAGGGCGUGCGAAAGCUGCGGGAAAAGGAGGACGCCAUCGGCAUGCGCGAGGUGUCUGGCUCGCGCCACGGCGCCGCCGCGCGCUACGGUGACGGCCCCGACGACGAUGACGAAGACGACUUUGGCGGCCGCGGCGGCCGCGGCGGCAACCGCAUCGGCCGCAGCGACAGCCUCAACAGCUCCAACGCGCUCCACACCAUUGUCAGCGAGAGCGAGCGCGACGACAUGAGCCUCCGCCACAGCGGCGGCGGCGGCAUCGGCGGAGCCAAUGGCCCACCGCACUCGGCGACGGCCGAAAGCUUCGGCCACGCGAGCAACGUCGAGGGCGUCGUCGACUACCGCAGGCACACGCCCGGCACGGCCAAGUGGGAGCGCACGCUGUGGAAGAAGCUCGAGGUGGGCGACAUUGUCAUGCUGCGCGAGGACGACCAGGUGCCCGCCGACAUUGUCAUCCUCAACUCGUCGGACCCGGACGGCAACGCCUACGUCGAGACCAAGAACCUCGACGGCGAGACCAACCUCAAGCCGCGCAAGUCGCUCAAGGCCACCAUGGGCAUCCAGUCCGAGGAGGACCUCGAGCACGCGCGGUUCGUCAUCGACAGCGAAGCGCCGCACGCCAACCUGUACAGCUACAACGGCCUGCUCAAGUACACGGCCCGGACCAACGGCAAGGAGGGCGGCGGCGGCGGCGGUGACGCCUACUCGGACGCCCACGAGUCGCUGCCGCCGGACAGCAGCGCCUACGCCGCCGCGCAGCACCAGGCGCGCCGAACCGAGCCCAUCAGCAUCAACGAGCUGCUGCUGCGCGGCUGCGCGCUCCGCAACACCGAGUGGGUCAUUGGCGUCGUCGUCUUUACCGGCGAGGACACCAAGAUUAUGCUCAACAGCGGCGAGACGCCGUCGAAGCGCUCCAAGAUCGAAAAGGAGACCAACUUCAACGUCAUCGUCAACUUCCUCAUCCUGGUGGUGCUGUGCGUCGUGUGCGCCGUCGUGGGCGGCCUGCGGCUGUACGAGGGCGGCGGCAGCCGCGACUACUACGAGCCGGGCGGCGAGGUGAGCGACAACACCAUCGUCAACGCGCUCAUCAUCCUCGGCUCCUGCCUCGUCGUCUUCCAGAACAUUGUGCCCAUCUCGCUCUACAUCUCGAUCGAGAUUGUCAAGACGAUCCAGGCGUUCUUCAUCUACCAGGACAUCGAGAUGUACUACGCGCCGCUGGACCACCCGUGCGUGCCCAAGACGUGGAACAUCUCCGACGAUCUGGGCCAGAUCGAGUACAUCUUUUCCGACAAGACGGGCACGCUGACGCAGAACGUCAUGGAGUUCAAAAAGUGCUCGAUCGACGGCGUGCCCUACGGCGAGGGCAUCACCGAGGCCAUGGUGGGCGCCAUGAAGCGCGAGGGCAAGGACGUGUCGGGCUUCAGCGCCGAGCGCCAGGAAGAGGAGCUGGCCCAGGCGCGCGACAAGAUGGUCCAGAUCAUGACGCGCGCGUUCAAGAACCGCUACCUCCGCCCGGACCGCGUCACGCUCAUCUCGCCCGACAUGGCCGAGGUGCUGGCGUCGAGCCACCAGAACCCGCAGCGCAAGAACGUCGUCACCUUCUUCCGCGCCCUCGCCCUCUGCCACACGGCGCUAGUCGACCGGCCCGACGGCAACGACCCCUACACGAUCGACUACAAGGCCGAGAGCCCGGACGAGGCGGCCCUCGUCAGCGCCGCGCGCGACGCCGGCGCCGUCUUUAUCGGCAAGAACCACACCAGCAUCGACAUCGAGGUCGUCGGCCAGCCGGAGCGCUACACGCCGCUCCAGGUGCUCGAGUUCAACUCGACGCGCAAGCGGAUGAGCGUCAUCGUGCGCGACCCCGAGGGCCGGCUGCUGAUGAUCACCAAGGGCGCCGACUCGAUCAUCUACCAGCGCCUGCGCAGCGACCACCCCGAGGAGCUCAAGCAGAAGACGCAGCGCGACCUCGAGGACUUCGCCAACGCCGGCCUCCGCACGCUGUGCAUCGCCUACCGCUACCUCGACGAGCGCGAGUACGUCGAGUGGGCGCGCCUCCACGAGGAGGCGGCGGCCAGCCUGACGGACCGCGAGGACGCCAUCGACGCCGUCAACGAGCAGAUCGAGGUGGACCUGACGCUGCUCGGCGCCACGGCGCUCGAGGACAAGCUCCAGGUCGGCGUGCCCGAGGCCAUCGCCACGCUCCACCAGGCCGGCAUAAAGCUCUGGAUCCUGACGGGCGACAAGCUGCAGACGGCCAUCGAGAUCGGCUUCAGCUGCAACCUGCUUUCGUCGGACAUGGAGAUCAUGAUCAUCUCGGCCGACCACGAGGCGGGCACGCGCGCCCAGAUCGAGGCCGCCUGCAACAAGAUCGCCGCCGCCGGCCGGCCCGUCGUCGUCGAGGAGGACGCCGGCCCGGGCAAGCGCAAGAAGAAGACGCGCCUCGACAUUGCGCCGACGGGCGACGCGCCCAAGGCCGGCUUCGCCGUCGUCAUCGACGGCGAGACGCUCCGCUACGCGCUCGACGACAAGCUCAAGCCCCUCUUCCUCGCCCUCACCACCCAGUGCGAGGCCGUCGUCUGCUGCCGCGUCUCGCCCGCCCAAAAGGCGCUCACCGUCAAGCUGGUCAAGGACGGCCGCAACGCCAUGACGCUCGCCAUCGGCGACGGCGCCAACGACGUCGCCAUGAUCCAGGAGGCCCACUGCGGCGUCGGCAUCGCCGGCCUCGAGGGCGCCCAGGCGUCGAUGAGCGCCGACUACGCCAUCGGCCAGUUCCGCUACCUCAACCGCCUCCUCCUCGUCCACGGCCAGCUCUGCUACCACCGCAUCGCCGACCUGCACAAGGUCUUCUUCUACAAAAACAUUAUCUGGACCUCGAUCAUGUUCUACUUCCAGAUCCACUGCGACUUUUCGGCGUCCUACGUGUUCGACUACACGUUUGUCCUGCUCUACAACCUCGUCUUCAGCUCGCUCUGCGUCAUCGUCAUUGGCGCCCUCGACCAGGUGGUCAACGUCGGCGCCCUCUCGCACUUCCCGCAGACCUACAAGCGCGGCGUCCAGGGCAAGGAGUACACCAAGUCGCUCUUUUACCUCUCGAUGCUCGACGCCGCCUACCAGGGCGCCGUCUGCUACUUUAUCCCCUGGUGGUUCUGGACCUACGCGCCCAUGGUCGGCGCAGACGGCCAGGACAUGUCGGCGAUCAACUUUUUCGGAACCUCGAUCGCCGCUGGCGCCGUCACCACCGCCAACCUCUACGCCGGCCUCAUUGCAAAGCACUGGACCGUCAUCUUCUGGAUCGUCGAGAUCGUCUCGCUGCUGAGCGUCUACGUCUGGAUCCUCGUCUACUCGGCGUUCCCGGUCUUUGCCUACCAGAAUGUGGGCUACUACGUGAUGCAGACGAUCAGCUUCUGGGCCGUCGUGCUGCUCAUCACGGUCGUCUCGCUGCUGCCGCGCUUCUUUGCGCGCGCCUGGCGGUCGUCGUUUAUGCCCAACGAGCUCGACGUGGUGCGCGAGGCGUGGGUCAAGGGCGGCCUCAAGGACCAGCUCGAGAUCCCGCACCGGAGCGAGAAGCGCAACCGCAAGGCGCAGCGCAACCGCGACCUCGAGCGCAACCAGGGCAAUCUCUUUUACGCUGCCAAGCAGUCGACGGAACGGCAGAAGAACACCCUCUACCCGGACAACGACGACGUAUCCGAGACGUCGGCCGACCCCUUCCCGACGGCCAACUACGAGCAGCACUACAACGACAACGGAGGCGGCCGCCCGCGCACGUCGUCGAGCCCGCCCAACCCGGGCGCGGAGCGCGAGGGCGCCAUCUCUGGGCUCUCGUACUAUACGCCCGAACAGCUGCCAGGUCGGGACACGCCGCAGCCUCUCGGCGAUUACGGCCAGCAGCAAAAGCAGCAGCAGCAGCAGCAGCAGCAGCAGCAGCAGCAGUAUUACCAGCGGCAGCAGCAGCAUUACGGGCAACAGGCGCAACCGGGACAGCAGCAGCAGUACGGCGGCAGCGGCUACGGCGCCGGCCAGCACUUCACGUCGCACCAGUCGUCGGCAAACCUCUCGACCGAGCCGAGGCCCGACGUGCCGAUGAUCAACGUGCAGAGGGCGUCUGGGUCGACGUACCACUACGAGCCGAGCAUCUCGAUGAGCAACUCCCACGAUCAGCUGGUGCAUUCGAGCCCAUCCCACGACGAGGUCCGGCCGCCCCAUCCUCGGCAAGAGGCUUCGGCCGACAGCUUCUCGCGCGCCUUCGACGAGGCAUUCGCCGACGAGUACAGUGCUUCGCCGUACCCCGCCGCCGCUGGCGGACCGCAGCAACAGCAGCAACGCCACCCGCCGCCGCCGCAGCAGCAGCAGCAGGCAUCGCCCGUAUCGCCAAACUACUCGUCGCGGUACCACGACCGCUUCAGGGCCGAGCCGGCGUCGCCGCCGGAUCGCCACGGCGAUGGCUUCGGCGGCUACUCUGAUCCGAACAGCGACUCGGCGCAGCAGGACGGCGCUCUGCCGCACCCCGACGUCGCACGCAGCCGCAUGCGCAUACCCCCUGUCACCCUGCUGCCGCUGCUGUGGCGACGGCGGCGACGAUGA